GGCAGUGUUGGCCCCACCAUAACGAAAUUGUUGAACAUUAAUCGUAAUUUUCUAAUUUUUAUUUCUUUUAUUUUUAACAUAGGCUAUUCUAUUAGAUUCUUACUCUUCUCAAUAAUUUCUCAUUUUAUCUCCUCCAAAAAUGGCUGGUCGCACCUCAUUAUAUCUCCCCUUCAUUUUAGCAGCAGCAGUAAUCCUCUGCUACGCAGCUGUAUCAUUACCAUCCACCUUCAAUCCCAUCAGAAUUGCAUCAUCAUCAGACGGUCUUAAUCACUUGCAAUCAUCCCCUCAACAAAAUCCCAGAAGAACAACAACCAUCGAAGCUAUCUAUCAGUUUGGAGAUUCAAUGUCAGAUACAGGCAACUUCAUUCGUGAACAUCCAACUUCUAACUUUGCAAACUCACCCUAUGGCCUUACAUUUUUCCACAAGCCAACCGGUCGCUGCUCCGAUGGACUUCUCAUCAUUGACUAUUUCUCCAGGUUCUUCAAGCUGCCAUUUCUUGAUCCUUAUCAUAACAGAGAGGGUAACUUCACUCAUGGUGUAAACUUUGCUGUUGCUGCAGCCACUGCAAUGAACUGUUCUACAUUAGCUAUGAAAGAUAUUAAAAACUGUCCAACAAAUAGUUCCUUAUUAGUGCAGCUUGAUUGGUUCAAGUCCCAUCUUCAUUCCAUCUGCUCUACUGCAUCAGAGUGCAAAGAAAAACUUGCAACGGCACUUAUUAUGAUGGGUGAAAUCGGAGGAAACGACUAUAAUUGGGCAUUUUUUCAAGGAAAUCCAAUAGAAGACAUCUAUAAAAUGGUGCCUGAAGUUGUGCAGGUUAUAAAAGAGACCAUAAAGGAAGUUAUUAAUCUUGGUGCCAUCCGAAUUGUUGUCCCGGGAAACUUUCCGAUUGGUUGCAUGACAUGUUACCUUGACAUGUUUAAAACAAAUGACGCGAGCAAGUAUGAUGAACUCCAAUGCCUAAAACAUUUGAAUGCCUUUGCGGUAUUUCACAACAAUCAAAUACAACAAGCUAUUGGAGAAAUUCAAGAGGAUUACCCAUAUGUAACAAUUGUUUACGCAGACUAUUACACAGCCUUGCGAGAAAUCCUUCGAAAUGCCACUUCUCUCGGGUUUGAUAAAGAUGUUAUGCAAAUAGCUUGUUGUGAUCAUUGCGGAAGUAAAAGAGGUCCUAUUUGCGAACAUCCUUACAAACACGUGAGUUGGGACGGAAUUCAUUUGACGCAACAUGUUUAUCAACUUAUGGCGGAAUGGUUGAUAGAACAUACUCAUAGUAACAUUUUUCAUGACAAUAUUUCUAGUGUUAAACGUUUGAACUAUUCUUUUCCUCUUAUUAUUUUCAUUUCACUAGUUAUAUUUAUAUGUUUAGGAUGAAAAUAGGCAUACUUGGUAAAGACCUCUAUGAUAAAACUCUUUUAUACAUCUCUAUUCUAUAAAGGGUGGAAAAUUUCGAGGGUGACU